AUGCCAGAAGAGAAGAGCCCUGUGGACACGCUGCGCGCGUUCCUCGAUCGUACGAAGGCUGAGUACCUCGAGGCCGUGCGGAAUGGGAGAGGGAAGGAGUGGACUGUCGUAAUGGGGAACGAGGCGGGCGACCUUGACUCGCUCGCAUGUGCCGUCGCCUAUGCAUGGUACCUCUCCGACGUGCAACAGACACCGGCCGUCGCGCUCGUACAGACCCCGCGCGGAGACCUGCAUCUACGCGCGGAGAACGCGCACGCACUCGCGCUCGCUGGGGUCAGCCUCGACGAGCUGCUCUGCGUCGACGACGUGCUUCCCCCUUCCUCCUCUUCCCCAUUUCCCUCCACGACGUUCGCCCUCGUCGAUCACAACCGGCUGAACGCGCAGUUCUCCGCCGACAAUUCGGCCGCGCGAGUCGUGGCGAUCAUCGACCACCACGCCGACGAGGGCCUACACACCGACGCGGACCCGCGGAUCGUCACACAGGGCGUAGGGAGCUGCGCGGCACUUGUCGCGUUGUUCCUCCAGGACAAGUGCGCGGAGAAGAUACCCCCGGAACUCGCGGUGCUACUGCUAUCCGCGAUCGUGGUCGACACUGGUGGAAUGGUUCCGGGUGGCAAGGCCGUGGAGGUCGACCGGCGAGCAGCGGUGUUCCUCGCCUCCAGAUGCACACUCGCCUCCCGAUCCCCAAACCUCGCCGCAUCUUCAUUAGCGCUGAGAAGUCCUGCCGCGAUCCCGCCCCUGCACAAGUCCGAGGCAAUUCAGAAGCUCAACGGUACCUUGCAAAUGAAGAAGAACUCCGUCGCGCAUCUUGGGGUGCGCGACCUGCUCCGGCGGGACUACAAAGAGUACGCUCACACGCCCGCGUUCGCACCUAGUCGGGAGCUGCUCAUUGGGCUAGCGUCUGUCCCACUCGGGCUUGCGACGCUCGUCCCGAGGGACGAGGCGCAGUUCGUCAAUGACACAAAGCACUAUAUGGAUGAGCGUGGGCUGACUGCGCUCGGGGUGCUCACGUCGUUCCGAGACGACAAAAAGCCGGGGAAGGGCGGGAAGGGCAAGCACCGCAGGGAGCAACUCUGGGUCGUACAUGCAAGCGACGAUGUGCAGUCUGAGCUGGCGCGCAGGCUGUUCCGCGGUCUGGAGGAGAACGACGUACUGCAGCUAAAGAAGCGUAAGUGGGAGAAGAUAGGAGCGGACCCUGCGGUCUGGGAUCGGUCGGGGGGCGCGUUCGGGGAGGGAUGGCGCGUGAAGGCCUGGAAGCAGAAGAACGCAGAUGCAACGCGGAAAGCGACCGCGCCAAUCGUGAAGGCCAUAGUAGAAGGCCGGGAGUAA